UCCCAUUUGCUCAAUUUCGCUAUGUGUUAACCGAACUCGAAUGGCUAGACUAGACACACUCAAUAUAUACAAACUACAGCACAAAUUAGUGCUACAGCUGCAGAACGACGACGACUCCACCGAUCAGUCUCUACAAUUUGGCCCUAGAUUUGUUCCCGAAUAUAUUUCGGUUUCGGCGUUGAGCUGAAUCGGAGAUGGAGGAAUCGGUUACUAUAAAAGGUCGAUACAAAUACGUACACGAUGUGAAGAUUGGCUCGCCCGAAGCAAUUGACGUUCACCACAUCUUCAUCGCGAGAAGCGGCGCAGAUUUUCUCCCUCUCUGUUCGUAUGCUCUUUGGUUUGCGGCUGCUUGCUUUCUGAUUUUCACGUUAUUGCAGAAAACGACGACUGUCUACGAUCUAUUGAUGCUGGACAAGCCUUUUGCUAUCAUCAUUUCGAGUUUUGUUGUAGCUGGUUUCCUCAUAAGGCAAAUUGUUAGAAAGCAAGUUGAGAAAGAAUCUGUUAUCAUUUUGCCAGCUUUUGGGAUUCAGCUUGAGACAGUUUACAGAAGUGGGAAAACAGUACACCAAUUUGUUCCAAUUGACAAGAUCUUGAAACCUGUUCUCAAUGAAUGUGUGACCCCAGUAACUUGCUACUGGAGUCUUUCUCUGAUUAUACGUGGAGAGAAUGAAUUGUUGCUGGUAUUCAAGGGAUUAUAUCCUCCAGUCACAAUGUUAGUUCCAAUUUGGAAGGCUCUGUGUGCAGCCAUUGAUGACAAAGAAUGGGCUGACACGCCUUCAUAUUGUGACACAUGAUGAUGCAAGGAGUCGGAAGAAAAUAUUUUCUAGUCUAGAGUCUGGCCUUUCUCAUAUUUGAAGAGCUUGGAGCAUAAUGCCUGGAUUUCAGACACAAGCACUUCAAUGUUCCAUGAAGACUUUCUGAUGGAUGAAGAUAGCAAUGCUCUAUUGGUUGAGAAAAAAAAUCAAGCUCUUGGUCCUUGGUCUUCAGAUUGAAGGCAUCCAAUCCAAAUCCACACAUUUGAAGUGCAACUACGACACGAUGGAACAUGUUUCGUAGCUGCUCCUAGAUGAUCAACUUUUGCUCUAUGAUGUUUUAGACCACGUGCAGGAAAUCCCUGCUGUUGAAUUAAUAUCCCUUUCAAAUUUCUGGAGAAAUUAGCACGUGUUACUGUUGUUUUAUGUAGGAUUUAGUACUUUAAGUGCGUGUGUUGCCAAUUUCAACCGACAGCAGUAUUGUUUUAGUUUUUGUAAUGAACUGCAUGUCAAGUUGAAUUAAACCUUCUAGUAAAUGUAUUGCAGCUCGUUUGCUAUUA